AUGCGGCUCAUCUGUAAGCCGUCGGCGCUGGCACAGUGCCUGCUGCGCGCCUUGCGACGCUUGGCGGCGCUGGAGCCGGGCCCGCGCUCCUGGCUCUCGGGGCCCCACCUGCAGACCCUCCGCCACUUCGUGCUGCCGGCGGGGCCGGGCCGGAGCUGGCCCGGGGAGUACCUGCAGUUGGGCCGACAACGGGCUGGUGCCCUGGACUGGUCGUGGGACCUUUGCGCCCGGGGCCGUCGAGUCACCAACGCCGGGGGCUCUGCCGGCUGCUGCUUAGUGAUCCCCAAUGCGUGGGGGCGCCUCACCCGCAACGUGCUCGGCCUCUGCUGCUCGCCUGAGCGCGGCUACUACCCUUGUCAUCUUUCCACCGCGCGCCACAACGGCUGCCCGCUGUCAGCCCCCGUCUGCAGCCCUUUCGGGGAACCCCCGACCUCAAAGGAGGCGGUCACUUACAUCCGCUUCCGACCCCGCGCCCCGCUGUUCGCGGUGAGCGAGGGGCCGGGGUCGGCGCUGCUGCUGUCCUACCUGGGCGAGUGUGGCUCCUCCAGCUACAUGACGGGGGCCGCCUGCAUCUCGCCGGUGCUGCGCUGCCGCGAGUGGUUCGAGGCCGGCCUGCCCUGGCCCUACGAGCGGGGCUUCCUGCUCCACCAGAAAAUCGCCCUCAGCAGGUGGGUAACGGGGCCGCAGACCUGUGAGGGGUCUCAGCUGCCCAUCCUGGCCUCCUCAUCGGGGGCCCCAGGCCUUCUCCAGGGAGGUGGCAACAGCAAAGAUGCCCCUCUUCCCCAGAACAGUUGCUCUCAGGCUCCCAUUGGGGAACUCACCUGUAAAUCAUACCGGGCCUUGACUGACUUCUUCCGAACAGAGGAGAGGAUAAAAGGGCUGAGCAAGCACCGAGGCUCAUUCCUCGGGGGCCGGCGUCGCUGGGGAGCCCUGCAGAAGCGAGAGGUCUCUCCCUCUUCCAGCCUGGAUGAGAUCUUCAGCUGGAAGCGAUCAUAUACCAGGUGAAACCCAGCCGGAGAACACCCUGUCCUGCACGGGGAACAGAGGACUGAGUGGGGCGAGCAGCUGCAGCUCUUUGCCACUGAUUCAGCCCUUUCUUCUUUUCUGGUCUGUGGAGAGAGAGGGAGCUCCCAGCUACCUGCUACUUACUUGACCCUGAGCAGAACUCCUGCCCAGGCUCUGCUCCACACAUUCCUGCUCAUCCUGGUCAGCAGCUGGAUACUUCUGGUCAUUGUCUCCUGUCACCGACCGUAAGCCAAACACUAGCACCGUUUAAACCCACGGACUCAGGAUAAAAUGCUCUCUCGCCAGCAAUGACUACAAGAAGAUGAGUUUCUGUGUCAUUGGGCAGCUCUGCUCCACAUAAAUAAUCAGCUCUGUGACCCUGAUGCUCAAGCUGAAGCCACUUCUGUAGUGAGGACAGGAAGUUUGCAUCUCAGUCCCACUUCCCUCAUUUCAUUCUGCGGUUGUGGCACCCUGCUGACUUCAUGCACAUCGUGGAUGUGGCCUCGAAGAGCCGCGUGGCUGUGUCUGCCUUGAGUGAGAGAAAGGCGGCAGCGGCCCUCAGUGCAGUGCUGAGCUGCGGUCACUAAGGCCACAAGGGAGAGACGGCGAAUGCCUGUCUGGAAUACUAAGGCCCGUCUUCUGCAAGUUUCCAUUGGGAAUGGAGCUGAUCUGAGGCUUCAGCCUAGGACUCAAGCCUCACUGGACAGAUCCCAAGGAUGAUUUUAGGAACAGGAAGUCCUCGAACACCGUCUACUAGACCAUGGCUCAAGAAGUCAGACUCUCAGGGACUUUAGCUGCUCCCUCGGGUACCAUUUCUGGGGAUUAUUACUCCAGAGAGCUCUGGCCAGAGCUGCUUUUCUCUUGGGAGGUGGGCUUUCUCUAAGUGGUGAAAAGUAUAAACCUCAUACCUUAGGUGUUGUCUGGCUAGCUGCCCUCUUUUCUGACACUACUAGUAGCCUCUCCAUCUCCGGAACCUGGAGAAACAUCUGGGACCAGGGAAAACAAAAAGUUCCAAGAUGUUGGCUAGAACUGACUCAGUAAUUUAUAAAUAUUUCACAUUA